AUGGGUUGGGAUGUGAUGAACGAGAAUCUGCAUCAUAACUUCUUCGAGAAGAGACUCGGGAAGAACGCAUCGUCAUUUUUUUUCAAUCGAGUUCAUAAAAUUGAUCCGAAUGCGAUUUUGUUCAUGAAUGAAUUUAACACCACUGAAUAUAUGAACGAUGAAUACGCUCCUCCUGUGAAAUACUUGAGAGUAGGCCUGCGUUUGACGGUCGACUUGGAUAAUCAUCGUGUCAAGGUUGUCUCAGAAAGAGUCGUGAGAAAGGAUAUUGCUUCUCACACAACUCUCAAGCCCAGAAAGGAUGGUCAGGACACCCAGGAUGAACUAGAAAGGAGAGACCUGAAAGAGGAGUUGGUGGAGCGUGAGCGGAGACACUUGUCAUCUAAAGACAAGGGUUAUGGUGAGGAUAGAGAUCGUAGAAAAAGUGGUCAUCACCUACUGGAAGGAUCAAGGAGAGAAAUUGAGGAUCGCAUUGUUCCACGCACUGCAGAUGCUGAUGAUGCUGAUUUAGACAUCAAAAGUGAUGAUGACAGUGAUGAAGACGAUGAUGAUGAUGAUGAAGAAGAUGAUACAGAGGCACUUUUAGCAGAGCUUGAACAAAUCAAGAAGGAACGAGCCGAGGAAAAACUACGCAAAGAACGUGAAGAGCAAGAAGAGGAGCUUAAACUGAAAGAGGCUGAGUUGAUAAGAGGGAACCCUUUGCUUAAUAAUCCAACCUCCACUUCCUUCAAUGUUAAACGAAGGUGGGAUGAUGAUGUGGUGUUCAAGAACCAGGCUCGUGGAGAGACCAAGGCUCCAAAGCGCUUCAUCAAUGACACCAUUCGUAGCGACUUCCAUCGCAAAUUUCUUCAUAAAUACAUGAAGUAAUGAUAUCCAUCCAGUUGCUAAUAUUCUAAGAAUUUCUGCUUCCAUUUUGUUUGUUAUCUCUGUAUAAUGCUUGAUACUAUUGAAGCUGUCAUCUGCUCAUUUUGAAGUUGUAUAAUGCUUGAUAGUAUUGAAGUUGCUAAUAUGGGAAAGAUGAUUCUUUAGUUAUUAUUAAUGUACAUUUGCUCCUUGUGUUUCUUUCAA